UCACUUGAGACGCAGUCUUCAGAAAACCGAUAUAAGUCAACCAUAAACAAUAUGAGCCUCUACAGACACCAGAAUUCCUGGGACCCAUGCCGCCGUGGAAGUUUCUCUUCGGGCAGCUGCUAUGGAGGUUCUGGCCAACGCAGCUGCUAUUACCCAUCUUAUGGCCGUAGCUACUACCCCCAGACCUACUGGGGUGGUUACGGCCGUGGCUGCUACCCACCAAUUAAUUACGGCGGUUAUGGGUAUGGCCGUGGUUGCUUCCCACCACAAUAUUAUGGGGGCUAUGGUUACGGCCAGCGUUACGGAUGGGGGUAUGGAUCCAGGCGUGGCAGCAUCUGUUAUGACCCUUGCAGCUACGGUUCUGGAGUGUGCUACCCUCGCUCUCGAAGGUACAGCUGCAGCAGCAUCGACGGUCCCUGCUAAAUGCUGGCGUGGACUUCCCGUGAGAUGUUAAAUGGUGACAAAUACCCAAGAACUCUCCAGCUGAUUCCCCUCUCCCCAAAAAUGGUGAACACUGAAGAUUUCCUAUGGUUAUUACUGUGAGCUCACCAUUUCUCCAAAUCAGUCUUGUGCUUGCCUUUGCUCACACCACACUGUCUUCAAUUCCUAGUUUUUUAUAAUGGACACUACCUGCCUGCAAGUCCAUGAGUUCCUAGCGGUUCUUUUUAUUUUUUACUUUUCUGCAGGACACCUUGACAAUGCAAACGUCCUCUAGUUUUAUAUGUUGUCUAAUUUGGUUUGAAGUCUGACGUUGCUUGUUUCUUGCAGUUGCCUUUCUGUUCUCCAAUUAAAAGCUUUCUCGGCAUUA